AUGCCUGCCAUGCCGUCGACCGCGCUCGCCAGGAAUGGUGUCGCACGCCAGCCUGACAUCACACUCGUCUCCGAUGACGACUUUGUAUACGAACAGGACAUCCAGCGCAACCCUGGGAGCACAAAACCAUGGCUCGCGUACCUGGAGUUCAAAUUUCAGCACGGAACUGUCCAGGAGCAGGCGUUUGUCCUCGAGCGGGCGUGCAUACAACUCCCGCGCUCGUACAAGCUGUGGAAGUUCUACCUCAACUUCCGGGUCAAACAUGUCGCGAAGCUGAACGCUGCCGUCUUCGCCGCCGAAUACCGCAAGGUGAACGCGCUGUUCGAGAGAGCAUUAAUUCUGCUGAACAAGAUGCCGAGAAUAUGGGAGAUGUACCUCAAGUUCCUGACGCAGCAGCCUCUCGUCACCCUCACGCGACACGCUUUCGACCGUGCCCUGCGCUCUCUGCCGAUCACCCAACAUAACAGGAUAUGGGCCCUCUACCGACCAUUCGCGAACUCGGCUGGCGGCAUCACAGCGGUCAAGAUCUGGAGGCGGUACAUGCAGGUCCACCCGGAGGAUGCGGAAGACUUUAUCGAGCUGCUCGUGCAGGAGGGCUUAUACACGGAGGCGAUUGAAAAGUACAUCUUGAUACUCAGCAACCCGCGCUUCCACAGCAAACAUGGCAAAGGCAACUACGAGCUUUGGAGUGAGAUGGUUGACCUGAUGGUCGAGCAUGCCACCAAGGUCAAGACCGGCUAUGAGACGGGUAUUGAUGUGGAGCGGAUCAUUCGAAGUGGCAUCGAGCGAUUCUCGGACCAGAGAGGGAAGUUGUGGGUUGGACUGGCCACAUACUUCAUCAGGAAGGGCAGCUUUGAGCGAGCGAGAGACGUCUUUGAGGAGGGCGUUACGACGGUCAUGACAGUCCGUGACUUUACUCUCGUGUUCGACUCAUAUGCGGAGUUCGAGGAGUCGAUAAUAGGAGCUUUGAUGGAAGUGGCCCAAGGCCGGGCGGAGAAGGGAACAGUUGACGAGAAUGCGGAUUUCGACCUCGAUAUUCGUAUGAUGCGGUUCGAGCACCUGAUGGACCGACGGCCUUUCCUGCUCAACGACGUUUUACUACGGCAAAAUCCAAACAACGUCAACGAAUGGGAGAAGCGGGUCGCGCUAUGGGGGGACAACAAGGAACAGAUCGUCCAGACCUACACAGAUGCGAUUGCAGCGAUACAGCCGAAGAAGGCAGUCGGUGCCUUCCACCAGUUAUGGGCCAACUAUGCCAAGUUUUACGAGAAAGGGGGUGAUCUCCGGAACGCCCGCAUCAUCAUGGAGAAAGCCGUCAAGGUACCGUUCAAAUCCGUGGCCGAGCUGGCUGACAUGUGGAUCGAAUGGGCCGAGAUGGAGCUCCGUAACGAGAAUUUCGAUGAAGCUGUCAAGAUCAUGGCCAAAGCAGUACAGGCGCCGAAACGCUCGACCGUUGACUAUUUUGACGAGACGCUGUCACCGCAGCAGCGAGUACAUAAGAGCUGGAAAUUAUGGAGUUUCUACGUUGACCUGGUGGAGAGCGUCAGCUCUCUGGAAGAAACGAAGAAGGUCUACGAAAGGAUAUUUGAGCUUCGGAUCGCAACACCGCAGACGGUUGUCAAUUAUGCCAACCUCCUGGAAGAGAACAACUACUACGAAGAGUCUUUCAAAAUUUUCGAGCGCGGUCUGGACCUCUUCAGCUACCCGGUGGCAUUCGAGCUCUGGAACUUGUAUCUUACUAAGGCCGUGGACCGCCAAAUUGGCAUAGAACGGCUGCGAGAUCUAUUCGAGCAGGCUAUCGAGGACUGCCCACCGAAGUUUGCCAAGGUGCUGUACCUGAUGUACGGCAACCUGGAAGAGGAAAGGGGCCUGGCACGGCAUGCGAUGCGCAUUUACGAAAGAGCGACGCGAGCGGUUGCCGACGAGGACCGAGCAGACAUGUUCAACUUUUACAUCACCAAGUCUGCAUCUAAUUUCGGACUGCCAUCGACACGACCCAUCUACGAACGGGCCAUCGCGGCCCUGCCGGACAAGGAGGCACGCGACAUGUGCCUAAAAUUUGCAGACAUGGAGAAGCGGCUCGGCGAAAUCGACAGAGCUCGCGCAAUCUAUGGCCAUGCUUCUCAAUUCUGCGACCCCCGCACCAACCCCGAGUUCUGGACCAAGUGGGAGCAGUUUGAGGUGCAGCACGGCAACGACGACACGUACAAGGAGAUGCGGAGGAUCAAGCGCAGUGUUCAGGCGCAGUACAACACCGACGUCAACUUUAUCGCCUCUCAAGCUAUCGCGCGCCAGGCCCAAGCUCAGGCCCAAGGCGAUGGCGAGGCGGACCAGGAGGUUAUGGACGCCAUGGCGGCACUGGAAAAGCAGGCUCAAGCGCCUGUUGGAUUCGUGGCUGCCACCGACAACCCACGAGGUGCACCGGAGCCGCAAGGUGUUGCCGCGAACCCGGAUGCGAUUGAUAUUGAUGACAUGGAUGAAUGA